CUUGAUCCGUUUUGGUGUCAUGUCACCUGCAAGAACGUGAAAGCUGAGUGAAUCCCUAUCAAAAAUACUACGUGUAUUCGGAUCAGUCAAUAGCUAUUUUAUUUACGUUGACCCGAUAACAUCACUAAUUUGUGGUGACUUCUUUGACGAGGUUUGGACACAUUUAUUGGAUAAAUUGUAAAAAAAAAACCCAGCUGAGCUCGGAAUUGUCUGUCUGAACUUGUAGGAAUUCUGAUAAGCGAGUAAAGCGGACAAUUUUGGUUUUCUUGUUAACAUUUUAUGUGCGGGAACACCAUGUCUAGUCCUGUUGUUAUACCGGCAGCUUCCAAACACUCCGCCACGGUUAUUUUUCUCCAUGGUCUGGGAGAUACUGGACAUGGCUGGGCAGCGGCUUUUGCAUCGAUCAAAUCACCGCAUAUAAAAUAUGUCUGCCCAACCGCAGAUGCUAUACCUGUGUCGUUAAAUGCUGGUUUUCGAAUGCCUUCUUGGUUUGAUAUAGAAAGUCUAUCAUUUGACAGUAAACAAGAUGAAGCUGGUAUUAAAGCAUCAACAGAAAAACUACAACAGAUGGUUGCAGAUGAGGAGAGUGCUGGUAUUGCAAGUAAUCGUAUAAUAAUUGGUGGGUUUUCACAGGGAGGUGCCGUAGCUUUACAUUCUGCAUUAACCCUUGCCAAACCAUUGGCUGGAGUGAUUGGACUGAGCACAUGGCUGCCACUUCAUGACCAAUUCCCUGGGGCAAUCAAAGGCAAUACAAACACUCCUAUACUACAGUGUCAUGGUACAGCAGAUCCUAUGGUACAGUUUCAGUUUGGUGAAAUGACUUAUCAAAAUCUAAAAGCCAUGAAUUGCAGAGUUGAAUUCAAACAGUACAAAGGCAUGUCACAUUCUUCAUGUGAUGAGGAAAUGAAAGAUGUACAGGAAUUUAUCGAUAAACAUCUUCCGGCCGUGUAAUCUGUCAAAUUAUUUUUAACUAAAUGCUUGUGAUAUACUAGAUUCCAGUUUUGUUUUUGGGUGGUUAACAGUAUGGUAGUUUCUAUAAUAGCUCAAUUGAUUUUUUCGUCAUUAGGAAAAUAAUAACAUGUACCUAUUUUAAAACUGCCACAAGUGCAAAGCAGGCAAGGUUUAUUAGAAGGCCUAAUUACUGUACUCGUCCAACUCGUCAAGGGUAUUCAGCUCCAAAAUCAACAGUAUUUAAAGGGCGGCAGUCGUCGCGUCGUGUCCUGUUCGAUAUGGGAUUCAUAGCGACGUACUAGUAUACAUUGCGUCUAAAAUACAUUGUUUAUUUACAUGAAAUUCGAACACGUGCUGCACGACGAAUACGCGCUUUAAGUAUUGGGCUGUUAGUCAAGCACCCUAACAAAUAAUUAUCCAAAUGACAUUUUUGUUUACCAUGUAACAGUCAGUCUCUUAGGGGGAAAAUAAACAUUAUCUUACAACA